AUAAACGGAACAUGCGAGUAACGAGAUUAUUAUGUGAGUAACGAUUCGAUACUUCGAGUCUACUGAGUAACGAACACAUACGGUUUGCUACAGCUCUAGAUAAUAAACCCUGGCAACUCUAGCCAUAAAAUUUUGCAAAUUUUUGUUUCUCUUCUCCUUCCGUAUUAAUAAUUAAAACAAUCUGCCGAAAUUCAGUUUGUGCUUCCCGUAUUUCAUAUUUAAUUCAGGGAGAUGUGCUAAAAAGUGUUUGAAUAUCAUUGGAAUACUGGGUUGCGGGAGUGAUUAAGUAGUACAGCAAACAAAAAUGCGCACUGGAUUAAGAAGCGCCUCAUCCAGACAUGUCGUGGCGGUUAUAGUCCUAUGCAUUAUCUGGUAUCUGAUAUCCUCUAGCAACAAUGUUAUUGGCAAGAUGGUAUUAAACGAGUUCCCAUUUCCCAUGACGGUGACAAUGAUACAACUGUGUAGUACAGCCUUGUAUAGUGGACCAUUCUUUAAUCUGUGGCGCAUACGAAAAUAUCAAAACAUUUCUAGAGGCUACUAUUGGCGCUUGAUUAUUCCAUUAGCGCUGGGAAAGUUUCUUUCAUCCGUCACAUCACAUAUUUCACUAUGGAAAGUACCAGUUUCCUAUGCCCAUACAGUUAAAGCCACCAUGCCACUGUUUACCGUAAUCUUGACACGUUUCCUAUUUCGUGAAAAGCAACCCACUCUAGUGUAUCUCAGCCUAGUACCAAUUAUAACGGGUGUUGGAAUUGCUACCUUGACUGAGAUUUCAUUCGACAUGAUUGGUUUGAUAAGCGCACUCAUAUCGACAAUGGGAUUUUCACUGCAAAAUAUCUUCUCCAAAAAGGUGCUGAAAGAUACGGGAAUGCAUCAUCUGCGACUUUUGGAACUAUUAGGAAAAUUAGCGUUAUUUAUGUUCUUGCCAAUUUGGUUUUUUGUUGAUAGUUUUAAAGUUGUACAACACCCUGCUAUUACAGGAUUUGAUUAUCGGGUGAUAGCGCUUUUGUUCACUGAUGGUGUUUUGAACUGGUUGCAGAACGUGGUAGCGUUUAAUGUACUUUCGUUGGUCUCACCCCUGACUUAUGCGGUUGCCAGCGCAUCAAAAAGAAUUUUUGUGAUAGCUGUAUCACUGUUAAUUUUAGGGAAUCCUGUGACGUGGUUAAACUGCGUCGGCAUGACUUUGGCCAUAUUCGGCGUGUUAUGCUAUAACAGGGCCAAACAGGUGUCUAGAGCGUCAGAGACGGUAUUACCUCUAACACAAAAUCAUCGUAUUAAAUACGAGCCACUUAACGGAAAUCUGGAUCCCUACUAUCAAGGGGCAGUUACGAGCAGCGUAAAUGGUUUCACUAGUAAACGUGGUGAAAAACAGUAUCCAAAUGUAAAUACAGUUGCUGCAAACAGCCUGCUGACUAAUGGAAAUAUGUUUCCAAAUGGUAGUACGACAACGACCCGUUUACUUUUUGUUUGAUUUCGUAAUUAAAUUGCUUCCUAGUUUUAAGUAAAGGCAGACUUAAGGAAAGCUUAGUUAGAUAAAUAUUUUGUUGAAGCAUGUGCAUGUGUGUAAAUAUGGUAUUUUUAUACAUACAAUUUCAGACAUUACACAAGAGUCUCGAAACGGAUAUAAAAUCAAUAAUACAAGAACCCAUUUGAUAUGGGCGAAUACUCUUAUACUGAUUUGUUUUAUAAGAUUAUUAGAAGAUUAUUAAAAUAUGUUAUAAUAGUAACCAAUAAUUUUGCAUACAUACAUAUAUGUGCAUACAUAUGUAUACGUAUGUAAUUUAAAUUAUAUCCUUCCCAGAGAGAAUUGUAGCAAAUGAUCACGCUUAUGUAUGUACCUACAUACAUACAUAAGAGUUAUCUAUAAAACAGGACCAAUUUUAAGGAAUUUGAACUGAGAUGGUUUAUCGCCGUGUGUAAAUGUUAAAAAAGCAAUAAAUCAAUAUGACCAACUAUAAAGUAAAAA